CCGUCUGCCGUUCGUCGCCGUUCUCCGCCGGUCGCCUGCGUUCUCCUUCGUCUGCUCGGCUUCGCGCACAGACGCACGUCGCUCUCUACUCUCUGCUUUGCCUCUCCUUACUUUCGCAUUCUCGCUCUCUGUUCUGCUUUGAUGCACGUCGAAUCUCUGCCGUCCGCCGCGCUGCCGUCGUUCGUUCGUCCAUAGCCGCACACGUCCAGACGUCCCUGCACGACUGCGCCGUUUCCCUGCCUGCACAACUGCGCUGCUUCUCCGCUCCAUUCAGAUCUACAGUAAGAAAAAUUGGACAGCUGUAGACAUAUACUCACCAUUGAGAAAAGAUGUCAGGUGGGUUAACCUGGAGGCACCAUGCCGUAAUUCAAGCUUUGUUGUCACGAGGUCCACUCAGAGAACGAUUUGCACUCAAUGUUCAAGGAACUCACUAAGAAAUGCAGACAAGGACACAUACAAAGAAGGGUGUUUAUGAUGAAAAUUCAUGUGCAGUUUUUUAUUAAUUUCACAUGAAGUUAGUACAGAACCUGUUCGACCAAAUGCCCCAAAGGAGCCUCUGUCCAUUGGCUCAUCGCGUGUCAAUGCAAUGCAAUCACGCACCACUCAUCCAUAGUAAAUCCAAACCCUUCUUCGUUCUCCCCUCUCUUCCAUUCUCAACCACCAUCCACAACCACACCAUUCAACAUGGACAACACCACCACACCACCACCACCUUCCACAACCGCAACCUUGCCGCCAUCAUCCACUCCUUCUGUGACGCCCACCGUUUCGAUGAAGCCCACAACAUCUUCUCCCUCUUCCUCUCCUCCGGCUUCCUCCCUGACCACCGCACCUCCAACGUUCUCCUCUCCCGCCUCCUCCCCUCUCGAACCCCGCACCGAACCUGGGCUUGUGCCCUUUCUUUGAUCCAAGCUAACCACGGCUUUGUUCCCUCCAUUGUCACCUAUCACCGCUUAAUGGAUCACUUUUGCAGGUUCGGUCAACCCCAACAAGCUCACAUACUGUUCUUCGACAUGAAGGGUAGAGGGCAUUGCCCCAAUGUGGUUUCUUAUACUACUCUCAUUAAUGGGUACUGCUUAAUUGGUGGAAUUGGUGAUGCCCGCAAGGUGUUUGAUGAAAUGCUUGAUAGUGGUAUUGCGGCAAAUUCUUUGACUUAUAGUGUUUUAGUCGGCGGGUUUCUUAGGAAGAAGGAUAUAGAAGGAGCAAAGGGAAUGAUGUGCCAGUUAUGGGAGAAGAUGAGGGUUGAAAGGAAGGCUUCGAUGAAGACGGCAGCCUUCGCGAAUCUGGUUGAUUCUCUGUGUAGGGGAGGGUUCUUCAAUGAAUUGUUUAGGAUAGCCGAGGAGUUUGCAUUAGGGGGCAGUUUGUGUGAGGAGGUUGCAUAUGGACAGAUGAUAGAUUCACUCUGCAAGGUUGGGAGGUAUCAUGCGGCUGCUAGGAUUGUGUAUAUAAUGAGGAAGAGAGGAUUAGUUCCGAGUGUAGCAUGUUAUAAUUAUAUUAUACAUGGGCUUAGCAAGGAUGGUGAUUGUAUGAGAGCUUAUCAGUUAUUAGAGGAAGCUGAAUUCGGAUUCUUGCUUUCUGAGCAUACCUACAAGGUGUUGGUGGAAGCUCUUUGCCAAGUGCUGGAUGUGGACAAGGCAAGGAAAGUUCUUGAACACAUGCUAAGUAGGGAAGGCGUCAACAAGACUAGGAUUUACAACACCUAUUUAAGAGCUCUUUGUAUUGUGAAUAAUCCAACAGAACUCUUGAAUGUGCUUGUGCUCAUACUUCAAAGCCAGUGUCAUGCAGAUGUGAUCACACUUAACACAGUUAUCAAUGGAUUUUGCAAGGUGGGGAGGAUUGAUGAAGCUCUAACGGUAUUACAGGACAUGUUGAGUGGUAAAUUUUCCGCUCCCAAUGUUGUGACCUUCACUACUAUAAUUUCUGGUUUAUUGGACACUGCAAAAAUUGAUGAAGCUGUUGAGUUGCUCCAUAAAGUAAUGCCUGAAAAUGGUGUAAGACCGAGUGUUGCGACAUAUAAUGCUUUUCUCCGAGGCCUAUUCAAACUAAAGAGGCCAAAUGAUGCAUUGAGGGCCUUCAAUAAUAUGGCAAGUAAUGGCAUUACUGCAGAUAGUACCACUUAUACUGUUGUGGUAGAUGGUCUAUGUGAAUCUAACCAAAUAGAUGAAGCUGCAGAUUGGAGUAGUGCUACUUCCCUUUAUGAACAGGCUGCUAAUCGAUUUAGAGUUGCCAAGGAUUAUGAGAGAUCAAAAGCAGCAUAUGAGAAAGCUUCCAAGGGACAAGAGAUGCUUGCUCGUAUCCUUAUUUAUAACUGCCCUUGGGAUGCAGCUAAGCACAUGGAAUCAGCUGCUAAUAUGGCAAAGGAACUCAGAAACUGGAGAGAAGUUGUGAGCUUCUCUCGAAAGGCGUCGGAAUUGUACAUUGAGUGUGGGAGGCCACAACCUGCAUCAGAUGCUCUUGCAAAGGGAGCCCGUGCUUUGGAAGAAACCAUGCCUGAAGAAGCUAUUCAGCUAUAUACUGAUGUCAUUACAAUUCUUGAGGAAGAUGGAGGAGGACAAAUGGCCUUUGAUCUCUAUCGUUCUGCUACUGCUGUUUAUAUAAAACUUGAGAAGUAUUUGGACGCUGCGCCUCUCCAAUUGAAGUUCGGCUUAGCAGCUUCCAAGUGUAAUGCUACCAAUAGCCAGUGCAAGGCAUAUCUCAGUGCAAUUAUUAUCUACCUUUAUACUAAUGACUACAAGCAAGCAGAGAUGUGUUAUAAUGACUGCUCUCAGAUUGAUGCUUUUUGCAAAAGUGACCAGAAUCGCUGUGCUAGCAAUCUCCUUGCUGCAUACUCAGAUGGAGACAUUGAAGAAAUCAAACGUAUCGCCCAAUCGAGCAGCAUUUCAAAUCUUGACCACUCGAUGAUUAGGCUAGCAAGGAAACUGCCAACAGGAGAUGUGAGUGCAUUGAAGGGUAACACUGCCAGACAGGAAGACCAGCCUCUAGAUGAAAAUGACCUCACUUAACAAUUCUCCGGGCCACAUUUCUUUUAUUAAUUUUUCGUUUCUGACGUACCAUAAGAAUAUUUUGAUCUUAAGAACAAUGAAACUUAAAAAGAGGAUUGGUGCACCAAGUGUACCAAGUGUUCAAUCUUAUUCAAUGUAAAGGUGACAAAAAUUGUGAAUGCUAUGCUUUAUAAACAUGUCUUGGUA